AUGAAUGGGCAAAUCAAGUUUUUUUGGCUUUUCAAAAAUUCUCAAACUUUUUUAUUCACACUCAGAAAUUCAGAAAAAGUCAGUAUUCUCAAUAAUAAUUUUGGAAGUCGGUCAACAUUUUAUUCUCUACAAUUUUUAUACUACGUUUUUUCACAUAGAAUGAGCGCAUCUCAAAAACAAAAGGUCGUAAAAGUGCCGACUGUCAAUUUGCCUCCACAGUCUUCAUCAAGGGCUCCGUCUACGUUAAACAUUUUAAAAAUGACAAACAAAAAGGAGUUUGCUGAAUAUGCUAUUAUGAUUAUUGUCAACCUGGCAAAUGUUGCGCUUGUGCUAAUUAAAAGCGUAGCAGCAUAUUUAUCAAGCAGUUUUUCAAUUGGAACAUCUGCAAUUGAAAGUUUUGGAGACGUUUUUGUCAGUUUUCUACUAUUGGUACAACUGAUUUUGGAUAAAAGAGUAAAGAGAAGUGAGUAUCCAAGAGGAAGAUCGUCAGAGUCAACAACUAAUCUCACCGCUUCCGUGGUCAUGAUGACACUAGCUUUUGUCAACUUCAUUCAAAGUUUUGACGCACUAAUUACCGGAAACUUAAAUCCUGAAUUCGGAACUCCUCAUAUUAUCGUCGUUAUCGUCAACAUUGUUGUGAAGCUGUUUUUGUUUUUUGUAUGCCUUAUUAAACGAGAGAACAACCAAAUUCGGGUUUUGAUGAGGGACCAGCUUACAGAUGUAUUGACAAACUCGAUUGCUCUUGUUGCUGUGUGCAUUGCCCAUUCGUAUUGGAAGGAAUGCGAUUUCAUCGGUGCUUUUAUAAUUUUCUUACUAAUCAUAAGAAACUGGGCGCCAAUUGUUUCCGAAUCUUGGUUCAAACUUCAAGGCAUUAAGGGAGAUGAUGAAAUAAAUGAUAAAAUUUCACAGAUAAUUUCGAGUAACCAGUCCAUGUUUACUGUGAUAGUUGGAUAUAUAACUUAUCAUGUUGGUAACAAAGCAAUUGUAGAGAUAUAUUGUGAAGUGGAAAACCAACAAAAUCGAGAAGAAAUUCAAUCAAAAUUCAGUGCGGACGAGGUAUUGGCGGUUUAUCUACUACCAGUGGAGGAGAGCAAGAACGUGCAUUUGCUUUCUGUAAAACAACCUGACGUCGAUUGCUCUAAAAAUGCAGAAUCCGUAGAACUUUUACAAAAAGUUUGAUCUAUUGUUCAUGUUGUUUAAUACUGAAUCGCACUGCUUUAUCUGUAUUUUGAAUCUACCGUAUUUCCUCUAUUAGUUAGGCACCUCUAUUAGUUUUGCACCUCAAUUAGUUUUGCAUCCAAAAUCACUAAUCGAAAAUUAGUUUUGCACCCUCUAUUAGUUUUGCACCUCUAAUAGUUUUGCACCACUUCAUUUGUUCCCUAAUUUUAAGAAUUCAAAAUUUGCAUUAAAAAUCGUUCUAAUAAUUAGAAGAACUCUUACAGACUUGGUAUAAGAGGUCAAAACUGGCAAAAUAUGAGUACAACUCGUACAAUUUUUGCGUAUCAGUCGUAAAAUUCGUCCAUUUUGGUUCAUAAGUUGUUAUUGAAAUUGAUGAUAUUAUGCCACAACUUAAUGGAAAACGUGAGAAAAAACCUGUUCGAAAAUUAGUUUUGCACCCUCUAUUAGUUUUGCACCUUCAUUAGUUUUGCAUCAAAUUAGGUGUCCGAAAAUUAGUUUUGCAUGCCUUACUAAUAGAGGAAAUACGGUAAUCAUUAUUUUGACAGGUUUAUAUUUAUAUGUAUUGAUAAGUCUUUUGAUAAGUCUUUUUUAACAAACCCUUAAAACUAAAGUAAUGCUUUUCAAU